CUUGUUUGCUGGUGAAAAAUGAAAAUAAUUAUUGAUAAAUAUUUCAUUUAGCUGUGAGUGUUUUUCAGGUUUCCGUUAUUUUUAUGUUUCAUUGAUUAUACAGAAAUAUUUAUUAACUAAAAAGUUAUGCUUCGCUGUCUGACACUGACAUCACAACGCAUUUAUUUGUUAGCCAUUUAACCGGUGGUAACGCUAUCCAAAAUCAUUUUGUAUGUUGUAAUUUGCCAAUUUAUGAACGUUGGUUCCGGUUGCCGUUCCGUAGUGUGCUGCUAUGGCGAAGAGGAAGAAGCCAGCAGCUAAGCCCGCUGCGACGAGGCGCACGAGUCGUCGCGGGAAGCAGACCGCCCCCGACCCCGCCACCGAAGGCGAGGCCUCCGCCCCCGCCGAUCCCGCGGUCGCUGAACCUCCUUCGGAGGAAACCCCAUCGACAUCACAGUCUAAUACAACAGAAAACGAUACCCAAGCCCAGUCUGAGCAACAAAAACCAGCUUUGCCUGUCACCAAACCCUGUCAAGUACCAAUAGUAGCUUUACACAAGAAAUUCGGCAAGUACCGAUGCUUAUUUGACAAUGAUGACAACUUUAUUAGAAAAUAUGAAGUAGGUAGUGAUAGUGAAACUAACAGUAGUGUAGAAAUAAGAGUGGUGGAUCCCUGUGCAAGUUCAGAGUCUGAUUCAAAUGCAGCUACGGAUAACCAGUCAGAUACCCACACUGGAGCUUGCAACAGUCCAGUAAAUAGUACAAUAAGUGUGUUGCAAAGUCAAAAUAACUCCAGAGAUGUGUCACCUGUGCCUAUGCUGAGUGAAACUCCUUCAGUCAGUGAAAUACCAUUGAUUGACAAAGAAGAAGUGGUAGAAGUUAAAGAAAACAUGGAGUCUAUAGCCUCCCCAGUCUUAGAAGUUCCUAAACCAGAAGUGGAAGUUGAGUGUGUGCCUGAACCUGUUCAGGAUUCACCUGUGGUUGUAGAAAAUAUUGUAGAAAAUAUACCACUAGAAACAAGUAAUGCUAAUAAACAUGAUCAUGACAGUAGUAAGCCCCAAGAGAUAACUUUGGAAGAGGAACACAUGAACCAAAUACAGUUUGAGGGUGAUGAUGAUGACGAUGAAGUCAUUACUAUAGUCCAAAUUGUUGAAGAUGACAACCCUGAACUGUACUACAAUAUCAAAAUAGAUAGUCCUAAAAAUGCAGAGAGCGAAGAUAGUGAGAGGAAACAGCAAGAUGUAGAAAUUCAAAGGCAUUUCCAAAACCUUAACCUCACUAAUGCUUCUGAAGGUAAUACUUCAAUGGAUUGCAGUGAUUUGAAUGAAUCACUUUCAACAAGUUGUACCACCCCUGACCUCCAGUUUUGUAAAGAUAGUUUGGAGGUCCUGACCAGACCUGAUCCCAGUUUGACUCCCAGCUCCACACUGUCAGAUGACAGUAAUUCCUCACGAGUCACUGAACAGAAUCAAAACUUCUCAGACUCAGCUGAAUCUUCACCAACAGGGGUCCGGAGAUCUAGUCGAAUUAAGACUAUUAGUAACUUAAAGCAGAAAACCAAAGGAUAUGGGUUAGUAAAGACUCCUUUGAAGAAGGCCUUGAUCACUCAGACUAAGUUAAAGCUAGAGGAAUUAGGAUCUGACAGUCAAGAGAAGUCUUUAGAUCAGAUGCCGAGUAAUGCACCUAACUCGCCAUCAUUUCCAGUGCCUUCUGACAUGCCUGUAAAAGUUAAGUCUAGGUGGAGGAGAUCCAGUGAGCUGGAGAUGGGGGCUGGUUCUCCUGUCAACUCUCCCCUGGCCAGCCCAAGCCUCCCUCAACGCAUGCCGCCUCUGGCAGAGGUGCAGAACUUUGAACCUGACCCAGCACCUCUUAGCAAGGAAGCUUAUGAAAAAAUUAUUGAAGACAGAAUGAAACAAUACUUACAUUUGGAAGAGAAUGAGUAUUUAUGUGAGAGAAUGAUUAGUAAAGAGACUAAAAAAAUGACUUGUGACUGUUUUAUGACCAAAGAGGAGUUGGAAAGAGGUGAGCUAGCGUGUGGGGAAGACUGUUUAAAUAGAUUACUCAUGAUUGAAUGUAAUUCACGGUGUCCAGUUGGAGACAGGUGUACUAAUAGAAGAUUCCAGAAGAGAGAGAAUGCUCAGCUUAAGGUCUUCUAUGCUGACAAGAAAGGAUGUGGUGUGGAAGCUGCAGUUGACAUUGUUUCCGGUGAAUUCCUUAUGGAGUAUGUUGGUGAAGUGCUGGAUUAUGAGCAGUUCUACAAACGAGCGCAAGAGUACUCAGACGAGAACAACUUGCACCACUACUUCAUGUCCCUCAAAGGGGACACGGUCAUUGAUGCCACUAUGAAAGGGAACAUAUCUCGGUUCAUCAACCAUUCCUGUGACCCGAAUGCUGAGACACAGAAGUGGACCGUGAACGGAGAGCUGAGGAUAGGUUUCUUCAGCAAGAGAGACAUUCCUGUAGGGGAGGAGAUCACCUUUGACUACCAAUUCCAGAGAUUUGGAAAGGUGGCCCAGCGGUGCUAUUGUGGCGCCAGCAACUGUCGCGGCUGGAUCGGCGCCGAGCCCGACUCCGACGAUGAGUAUGACGAGGAGGAAGAGGAUGUAUCUACCUCCAAGUCGGGCGCCGCUUCGGCUGCGGAGGGAGCCGCGGCCGAGGCGGCGCCGCCGCGGGCCCGGCGCCGCGCCCGCAAGCCUAGGACUUACGCGCCCAAUGCACCGGACUUGGUUCAAGACGCCGACAUCGAAGAAGACCUCGAAGCGCUCAGCCGCACCGGCGUGAAGAAUCAGAGCCACACGCUGCGCCUCUCGCGGACCGUCGUACGCGCCAAGACACGGCGCGCUCAGGCGGCCCUGCUGCGGCUGCUGCGUGACGCCGACCUGCCCUGCCGCCGCCUGUUCCUCGACUACCGGGGCCUUAGGCUGCUGGCGCCCUGGGCAUCCGACGCGCCGCUGGACUUCCGACUGGAGAUGCUGCAGACGGUGGACCGGCUCCCUAUAACGAACAAGACGAUGGUGCAAGAAAGCCGCUUCUUCACCAUCGUGGAGCGCUGGCUCGGCGCCGCCGAUGCGCCGCAAGACGUCGUGCUCAUCGACGAGGCCACCGGUCUUCCAGCAGAGCUUCCUAACAGGACUGGACAAGCAAAUGCCACACCAGAUAAGACUAAAGAAAACGCCGCCAUCUUAGAGAAAAUAAAGGACUUGUCCAAUCAGCUGUUGGAGAGAUGGUCGAGUUUAAAGGAGGUGUUCAAAAUCCCCAAAAAGGAGCGUAUACAGCAAAUGAAAGAACACGAAAGGCAGGCCAACGUGGAGCGGCGAGCGGCCGACUCUAGCGGCUCCCGCGACCGCGACCGCGACCGCCGCGACGAGCGGGACAAGGAAAGAGAGAGAGAGAGGGAGCGCGAAAGAGACAGGGAUAGAGACAGGGGCGAGCGGGACCGGGAGCGGGAAAGAGACAGGGAUAGAGAGAGGGGCGAGCGGGACCGGGAUCGAGACAGGGACAGAUACAGAGAUCGCGAUAGAGAUGACAGGGACAGGAGGAAACGAAGGAGCAGUCCGGACGGCAGAAGGAGUAUACGGCUAAACGACCGAGUAUUAGCCGCAGUCCCGCCCAUGAGCAAAGAAGAGCGGCGGCGCGCGUUCGCAGAAGCGGCGGCGGCGGCCGACGAGUCGCGGCGCCAGCGCGAGCCGCCGCACUGGCAGCACUACUGGCCGCAGGACAACUAUCCACAGCAAAUGUUCGGCGCGGGCAUGAUGGGCGGCAUGCUGGGCGGGCUGCUGGAGGGCGCGGAGUUCCCGCCCUUCUGCCCGCCCUUCCCGCAGCCGCAGCCCUUCUGCAUGCCGCAGCACAAUAUCAUGGGCAUGGGCGGCUUCGGAAUGGGCGGGUUCGUGUUCGGGCAGCAGAUGCCGCCCUACGGACAGCCUCCGCCCGGCCUCGAACAUGCUCAUCCACAGGUCCAAAUGCAAAUGCCCGGCAUGCCCGACCCGACCCAGGCGGUCGGUCUCGCGAUGCCCCCCGCGGGCGUGGCUUCCGCUAGUGCGGCCGGCGCCGCCUCCGACCCGACCGGGGAGGUAGUGCUGCCUUCCAUGUGGCGGUCGGCGGUCGACGCGCGCGGUCGGACGUAUUAUUACCACGUGAAGCUGCGGCAGCCGCAGUGGCUACCUCCCCCUCCUCCAGGUAUGAGAGGUAGUUAUAUUGUAGUUUAUGAUCGAAUAAAAAUAGUAGGCUUUCCACUUUUCAAGACUUUNCCUACAGUAGGUGACGUAGGCGACCUGCCCUGCCGCCGCCUGUUCCUCGACUACCGGGGCCUUAGGCUGCUGGCGCCCUGGGCAUCCGACGCGCCGCUGGACUUCCGACUGGAGAUGCUGCAGACGGUGGACCGGCUCCCGAUAACGAACAAGACGAUGGUGCAAGAAAGCCGCUUCUUCACCAUCGUGGAGCGCUGGCUCGGCGCCGCCGACGCGCCGCAAGACGUCGUGCUCAUCGACGAGGCCACCGGUCUUCCAGCAGAGCUUCCUAACAGGACUGGACAAGCAAAUGCCGCACCAGAUAAGACUAAAGAAAACGCCGCCAUCUUAGAGAAAAUAAAGGACUUGUCCAAUCAGCUGUUGGAGAGAUGGCUAAACGACCGAGUAUUAGCCGCAGUCCCGCCCAUGAGCAAAGAAGAACGGCGGCGCGCGUUCGCCGAAGCGGCGGCGGCGGCCGACGAGUCGCGGCGUCAGCGCGAGCCGCCGCACUGGCAGCACUACUGGCCGCAGGACAACUAUCCACAGCAAAUGUUCGGCGCGGGCAUGAUGGGCGGCAUGCUGGGCGGGCUGCUGGAGGGCGCGGAGUUCCCGCCCUUCUGCCCGCCCUUCCCGCAGCCGCAGCCCUUCUGCAUGCCGCAGCACAAUAUCAUGGGUAUGGGCGGCUUCGGAAUGGGCGGGUUCGUGUUCGGGCAGCAGAUGCCGCCCUACGGACAACCUCCGCCCGGCCUCGAACAUGCUCAUCCACAGGUCCAAAUGCAAAUGCCCGGCAUGCCCGACCCGACCCAGGCGGUCGGUCUCGCGAUGCCCGCGGGCGUGGCCCCCGCUAGUGUGGCCGGCGCCGCCUCCGACCCGACCGGGGAGGUAGUGCUGCCUUCCAUGUGGCGGUCGGCGGUCGACGCGCGCGGUCGGACGUAUUAUUACCACGUGAAGCUGCGGCAGCCGCAGUGGCUACCUCCCCCUCCACCAGACUCAGAAGAAUCUGAAGAAGAGGAGGCAGAACAGUUAUCUGCCAUUGACACUGCGAUAGUCCGCAGACAGAUGAAAGGAAAGCUCGUGGAAGGUGUCAAUGGCAUCUACGAAGUGAUAAAAGAAGACCCACCGAACGGUCUGAUUCCAGACCACGCCUUACUCAAUAUGAAGCCACGGAAGAGGCGGCCGGGGCUUGUAUCCGAGAGACCUAUAAGCCCAAGAACCGAAGAGGACAAACUGGCUGGCAGACUAGAAGUGAAGAGGUAUAAGCAGACCAAGGAAAAGCUGCGUCGGCGCCGCGAGCGUCUCAUGAACCGGGUGCGUCUGCUCGCCGCACGCUCGCGGGGCCGCGGGGCCGACAGCGACGCGCAGGUGCUCAAGGUGCUACCUCCCCCUCCUCCAGGUAUGAGAGAAGACUCGGAAGAAUCUGAAGAAGAGGAGGCAGAACAGUUAUCUGCCAUUGACACUGCGAUAGUCCGCAGGCAGAUGAAAGGAAAGCUCGUGGAAGGAGUCAAUGGCAUUUACGAAGUGAUAAAAGAAGACCCACCGAACGGCCUGAUUCCAGACCACGCCUUACUCAAUAUGAAGCCGCGGAAGAGGCGGCCGGGGCUUGUGUCAGAGAGACCUAUAAGCCCAAGAACCGAAGAGGACAAACUGGCUGGCAGACUAGAAGUGAAGAGGUAUAAGCAGACCAAGGAAAAGCUGCGCCGGCGCCGCGAGCGUCUCAUGAACCGGGUGCGUCUGCUCGCCGCACGCUCGCGGGGCCGCGGGGCCGACAGCGACGCGCAGGUGCUCAAGAUGGUGGAUCUCGUAGACUCGGACAGCGAGUCAGAAGCGGACUCGGAAGACGGCAACGAGAAGCCGUUCACGCUGCCGUCGUCGCCGCCCAGCGACUCGCCGCUCGCGCCGGUUGCCGCGCCCGCGACCGCGCCGAUGCCCGCGCCGAUCGUCGAGCCUGCGCCCGCGCCGAUAGAUCCUGAUGAAGCCGCUAGGAGGAUCAAGGAGCAGUUCCGCAGCAGCAUGGCGCGCGUGAUGGUGCACCACCUGAACCCCUACCGCCACUCCGACGCGCCCGCCGGCCGCAUCACCUGCACCGCCGACUUCAAGCACCUGGCCCGGAAGCUGACGCACUUCGUGAUGCUGAAGGAGCUGAAGCACUGCCGCUCGGUGGAGGAGCUGGUGGUGACGGACUCGGUGCGCGGCAAGGCCAAGAUGUUCGUGCGCAAGUACAUGGCCAAGUUCGGGCCCGUCUACCGCCGCCCGCCCGAGGAAGCCGACUAACAGGAAAUGAUGCGGUUUCGCCUGUCGCUUCUGCAGGGGAGACCGCAUAUUGAGCAGCGGACACACGCUCCCAAGAAGGACGCGACGGCGAAGAAACGGCGACCGAAUCGUACUGAAGCGACCAUCCAACUUGAUUAAUCACGUGCCGCAGUACAAACCUCUUUGGUUGCCAGUAACAUACAAAGACCAUACAGAUUGUGAGCCCUAAGGCUCGGCGCAAAUAGUGGUGAGUCGCGGACACUACUGUAGCGAGUGGCCGCCACCGGAUACGUGUGCGGCGCGUCUAUACAAAAUAUAUUAAAAACUGUGUUAAGUCGCCGUCGCCGGCCACCGGUGGCCGUGGUCGGUGGCCCAUUUGCGCCGACACUAACUUUGGUAGGGUGGCACUAUACCGCGCCAAAAAGUUUAAAAAAUCAAGUUAUCGGGAAAAGUGGAAAGAGUAUCAAGUAUUGGAACUAGCACUUGGUUAGCGUCAUAAAUAAACAAUUUGAAGAUAGUGUAUACUAAAAGACAUUUUAUUACUCUGACAACGUGAAAUGUGUCCACGAGACUUGUUACUUUAGUUAGAUAGAUAAUGUUAGUUUUAAAAAGAAAUGUUUUAAUUGAUGACCACUUUAAUUACGUUAAAAGUGUUUUAAAUACGGUUACUUUGACAAAAGGCAUUUUCUGUAAUCUCAUCUACGAAAGAGUUAAUUUUAUGGCAGACGUAAUCCAUUUUUGUUUCUAUUCUGUUUACAUUUACAUAUUAUGUGUUUUGUAUUUUAUAAAAUGCGCCGGUCGCUCCUUAGUAGUCUCCAGUUUUUUUUAUAUUAGUCUCCAGGCCAUUUUUCUCUACGUCCCAAUUAAAGCUUGCGCUUCUCCUGUGCUUAUUUCAGGAUAAUACAUAUUAUUUGUAAUAUAAGUGCGACUUAAACAGGUAGAGUACUCGCACUUUUGAACUCACGUCUGAAAUAUGUAACCUUUUUCAAAAAAAUUAAAUCAGUAACUCGUCAUGGUGAUAACUGUCGCUUAGUAUACGUGUUCCGUUAUAUUUAUAAGUAUUGGAGUGUAAUUUCGUUAAAUUGUUUCUAUUUCUGAUUUGGCUUACAUUUGAAAUUAUUAUAAUAAUUUUCAUAUUCUCACAAACUGUUACGUAGUUUGGUAGGAAGCUAGUUGUUAAAAUAAUGUAAAUCAUCACAUCCUUGUGACUCAAAUCAUCAACUUUCUAAAUAUUUUAUAAUCAUGAACAUUAGAAUGUUAAAUCAGUCAAUUACGAAAAUCAUCACUUCCUUUCUUUCUAUAAAUUUUAUGUAUAUUUUCUAGGAGUUUCAACUCAAUUUUUCUUCCCUAUAAUGUACUUGAAAACUAGUUGCAAAUUCAAAAUCUUUUUAUUUCUAACUUUUUACAUAAAGAUUGUUGCUUAGACAAAUUAGAGCACCUUCCUUCCAAGUUAAAAAGAGAUUGAAACUCUAUAUUUCAUUGCACUUUACAUUUGUCGGAACACUUGACGUGAAAGGCCAUCUUCAGCCGGGAUUACGUUUUAAGAUGCGAAUGAACAUUAAGUUAUUGUUUAAAUGAAUACUAAGUUAUUGUAAAUAUAGAUAUAGUAAGUAACAUUUAGUUUUGUACUCUAAAGUUAAGGCAAGUAUUCGAAACGACACUCAAACAUCGAUUAAAAGAUCGAUUCACAUGGAUUCAAGCUUGUGAUUAAUUGAAUUGUAUUAUUUAAAGAACUCAAGGUUUUGAAUCUAUUGUUAAUUUUGUUCAUGUAGAUUUAGAGUUGAGUGUCGUUUUCGAUAAAAUUUCUUAGUCCCUAAUUUUACGUCGUAAAGUAUUGACUAUUUUCGUGAACUUAGUUGUAAGGUAUCGAAUGGAAUAAGUGUAUAUUUUUAUUGAACGCAAGUUAAAUAAAUAUUUAUAUCAAGAUGAUCUCUAGCUCGACUGGGGUUGUUGAGAAAUCGCGUGUUUGUGUAAAAACUCGAAUACUUAUGUAUUUUAUUGCUAAUGAUUUCAAGUACACAGUAUUAUAAUAUAGUAACACUUAUUUGAGUGGUGUAUGUGUUUUUAUGCUGUACAGACUCGAGCCAAAGUAACACUCAAUAACUAUUAUUUCUAAUUUUACGUUAUUCACAUUCAACAUUGCAAUAUGCCGAUGAUAAUAUUAUAUUUUACUUGUAUUACUAACAUAGGUAAGUUUAAUAAGUCCAUUUUCUUUCUGCCUAUAGCUUUGCGUUAGAAAAAUAUAGGCAAUUCAAAAUAUCUAUGGUUGAUAACAAGAAGCAAUAAAUAUACUGAUAAACUGUACAAAUCGUUUGAUGUGUGAAAAGAGUUUGAACGGUACUGCUGAAUCUAGGAUUCAUAGUUUAUUGUGUACACGCUUAUCGAAACCAAACGAGAAAUGCACUGAAGCAAUGAAAUUACUAAGGUACAUUUUACGAGACACGUUUCACCCACGAAACAUAAUGUGAUUUAAGAUGUGCGUGUAAAUAUUGUAAAUAUAGCAGAAGCAGAAUCGCUGAGGUUCUGGUAAAGAGAGUGGAUAUUUUAUUUAGAUCAGUAGUGUUGCCUUGCGGUACGCUUGUUUGGAACCGACUCGUAUUGAUUCUGAGUUAUUGUAAAAGAUGGUGAAGCCGUUGGAACAAAUAAAAUGUUAUUUCUUUUA